AUGACUAUUCCCGAGUGUAAAUAUGCCGUCGACACCGAAGUUGUCUGGGCCCAAAUCGGGGCCCCCGAGUUCAUGCUAGAGGACCCGGUGGCGUUCCUUGCACUUCUAGAAUCGCGAUUCCACGAAGCCCGCGUCACCGGACAACUAUCACGAUACCAUAAGCUGUUGCCCACAAUUCAGCGUGUUUUUAUCACGGAACAACAUGUCUUCUUAACUAAGGGAAACACCUCAUCUGCUGGUGUUGGGUCUACGCUAGGUGUAGAGGCUGAGCAUUUACUUCUUGAUGGGAUUCCAGUCAAAAGCCAACUUUGCGCUCUACGUCUCGGUGGGGUCAGUGUGGGUCAACAGGUACGGAACGAAGCGCCAAUGCUUGUGGGUGGUAUUGGUUUAUGCACCGACCGAUUGCAGUACAACUGA